GUCACUGUACAGCAAAAUCUUUCACUUUAUUUUCUUUUAAGUUCCCUUUUCUCGUCUCCUUCUUUGAUUUUCCUUAUAUAAUUCUUCUUCCAUUAAUAAGAGUAGUCACAAAGCAAAAUUUAAUGGAAAAUUCAGAUCAUAACAAGAAAUCUCUGAGAAGAAGCAGUAAUAGUCAUACAUCAAUGUCUGAUACUGAUUCAACAACGAGUCAAGUCGAGUUUUAUUCUCCUCUGCGAUCUGACUCACCGCUUCGUUCAGAUGAUUUUCAUGUUCAACAUGAUAAGUAUGGUAAUGGAAGUAAUAGAGCUAUUGUUGCUGUUGAGACGUACUAUUCCCCGAAUCCAUCGCCGCCCGGAAAACCCAAUUUACCGGCGAACUCUCCUCCUGUUGGAGGGAAGGGAUGGAAGCCUUGGCCCCAUUCUGAGAAGCCCAAGUCUGAAAUUCUCGAUUUUCGAGCGAGUCAAGGGAAGCUCAGGUCAGAGAAUCUUGAUUUUCCGGCAAAGAAUGGACGGGAUGGUGCUCGUGGUCCAACCGUAUCGGGGCUUAACGGGAAUUAUGUAAGGGAUGAAUUCUCGCAGGGAGUGACGAAGGUGGGAGAAAUGGAUGAGAUAGAGGCGGGGUACGGCCGAGGCGGCAGUGGGGAGGAUGAGGUGGACAAAGAGCGGCGAUCGAGGGCUGCGGAGGAGUCGAUAUUGGAGAGGUCGAAGGCGGAGUUUAAAAUGAAGAAGUUAUCACUGUUUUUUAGAGUGUUUGAAGUGAUAACGUGCUUGAUUUCGUUUUCUGUAAUGGCCGCCGAUAAAGAUCAAGGGUGGAGUGGCGAUUCAUAUGAUCGGUAUAAAGAGUACAGGUAUUGUCUAUGCGUGAACAUUAUCGGAUUCGUAUAUGCUGGAUUUCAAGCUGUUGAUUUGGCCUAUAAUUUGGUCACGGAAAAUCACGUCACCUCUGGUUAUCUACCAUACCAUUUCGAUUUCUCAAUGGAUCAGGGUCUGGCUUAUCUUCUAAUAUCAGCAUCAUCCUCAGCAGCUACACGAGUGCACGACUGGAUGUUGAAUUGGGGCCAAGACGAUUUCACAUUACUGGCCAGUGCAUCUGUGGGGAUGUCGUUCGUGGCUUUUCUUGCCUUCGCCAUUAGUUCUGUCAUAUCGGGUUUCAAGCUCUGGCACCGUGUUUCAACUUAACCUUGCAUCAGUCUGCACCCGUAUACGGUAUAUCCUUAGUUGUGAUAAUCUAGAGAAAUUCUGUAGGAAAAUAUGAACACAAAUGAAUUUUGAUAUUUUAUAGUCGUGGGGGGUCGAUCAAUAGUAAUUUUUUCUGCAUUCGGACGAACUGGAGUCCAUGAAUUUCAUCAUGCUUCGAUAAUUAGAUUUUUCCUAAUAAUAAUUGAGAUUAUAAUUGA